AUGGAUCAAAUUGGUGCAGGUGGUUUCCCAGCGCGCACUACUUCAAAAAGAUCCAAAUCCUCAACUCCUUUGCGAACGGAUUCACGACGAUUUCCGCGUAGCUCUCGAACUUUAUCUGUUUCCCCUCCAUCUGUCGGCGCUUCUGAAACUUUUGGUCUGCGUUCACGUCCUGGAUUGGGCCCGCGAACGUCCUCGGCACCAUUUGUCCCUCUUAGUAGCGGUGGUAAUAAUGGUAGUAUAGAUCCGCCGAGAUUUUCGACUACGAUAGAGGACGAUACAGAAGAAGCAUUGGACCUUCAUGCGCGAAGUUAUCGAGAUUCUGUCGCAUCCAUCAAAGACGAUCCUUUCUUCAGAAAUUAUCAAUCACCACAUUCGGUCUCUUUAGCAAGAGAAUUGAGGUCUGUAACAUACUCUGAUCGAUCGCACGAUGACGACGUACUCAAAAAUCCACCGCCGCGAUCCAACAAAAGACCUUCCGUAGAAAAUUCAGCCAGUCCAAUACCACCUCAAUCUAGGAGCGGAAUGUCAGACAUAAAUAUUGCAGUGAUUGGGAGUAAUGGUGUGGGAAAGAGCACUUUGAUACAGCGAGCAUUGGGUUUACGAUCAUUGCCAACUUCCGUCACAUCGAGUCUUCGCAUGACAGUUGAUGAGGUGGGAUACAUAGUCAGUCUGUUUGAGCUGGAUCUCGAAUCGUUUGAUAUAAUACCUGAUCGUCGCAUACAAUGGCCAAAACAAAUAAACGGACAUAUCGUCCCACGAAUGGAUGGUGCACUAUUACUAUACGAUGUCAUGAAUCGGGAGAGUAUUGCAGAAUUACCCCAGACUUUAAAUGCAUUGGUGAAUUCGGGUCUUCCUACCAUCCUCGUCUCAUGUAAAUGCGACAACCCUGAACACACUCGUCAACUUAAUGUCGAUAGCCUCGAAACAGCAUGUAUGUCAUGUGUAGAAUCUGUCAAAACUGCAGCAAAUGUUCCUGAAAGUGCAAGACUUUGUCUUUCUUCUAUGCUUCGAGCCGUUAUGGCAAAUCGAAGCAAUAAUCACAAUAAAGAUAUUCCUUCAAUACAACCUCAAGGUACUCGCCGUCGAGCAACCUCCUCUGCCAAUAUUGAGAAGUUAUCCGAACCCACCGUUCCUCGACCUUUGAGUCAGCAAUCUAAGCAUAGUCGUGCUAGUUCAGAAUUUUCUAUCGGCCGAGCUCUUCCUUCCCCGCCAUUGGCUGGUCGAUCUAACGGCCGAACAAAUUUGUCACACCAAAUCAUGCUUCCUGACCCACAUGACGCUCCCCCUCUUUCUGCUCAUCCAGCUUUCCGAAGUGAAAAUCACCUGGACAAUUCCGGCGCUAGCCCCAGGUUACCCCUAGGACCAAAGGUACAUUCAGCCCUCUCACCUAGCACAACUGGAAUCAUUGACACUAACAUCUCAUCCGACGUUGAGGAAUUGGAUUCAGACUCUUCAUACCGAUACUCCGAUGACAUACCACUUCUCCAGCGUAGUGACGAUACUUUCUUCGACAAACCUGCUAAAGUGGCCGGCGUCACUUUUGAUGAUCUUGUCGAUCGACUCCUUGGGCAACACAUGACAAAAGCCGACGUCAACUUCUCGGAAAUCUUUCUCUGUCUUUACAGGAAAUUUGCAGCUCCUGGUGAACUCUUCGAUGCAAUAUUGAACAGAUUAACUCGUUUGGGAGAGGACAAAAAUAUCCAUUAUUUAACACGAACAACAACUCAGCUUCGGAUAAUUAGCGUGGUAGCUAAAUGGGUAUCGGGAUAUCCGGGUGACUUUGCAAGUCUCUCAACAAGCCGAAAGCUAGAUGGGUUCAUAAACCAAUUAGCUUCGGAUCCGGUCUUUGCUGCCGCCGCGCAGGAGAUGCGGACUCAACUACAAUCUCGUGUAGUGGAGGAUGACGAUACAGGCUGGGCUAGGACAGAUGCCGAUGUUGAUAAUGAACAAGCUAAUGAAUCAGCCCCCGUUUCUCCUACGACCACAAGGGCCGAUUCCAAAGGAGGGUAUGAAACGGAUGUGACUACAUUAGCACCAGAAGACGACUCUAGUGACAUGGAACUAAAAGGGUCUAGGGGGGAAUCUCUAUUCUCGGCUCGAACGUCUCAACCGGACUUCAGUGCACCUGCGUUUCUUGCGGUCGAAGACUACGAGAAAGAGGCUGCAAAAUUGACACCCAAAGGCAUCCUACCAUUAUCUAAAGACAGAUAUCACAUGUUCAUGGAAAUAUCAAAUGCCGACCUUGCUGAUGAAAUGACCAGGAUAGACUGGGUUAUGUUUUCUUCCAUACGUCUUCGGGAUUUGGUUCGACAUGUUAGCCUCUCACUCAAUCAGAAGGAAAAAUGUAAAAGUCUUGCCAAUGUGAAUCGCAUGAUAAAUCAUUUCAACCAUAUUGCAAAAUGGGUUGCUAAUAUGAUUCUGAUGCGAGAUAAAGCCAAACACAGAGCACAGAUAUUAGAGAAGUUCAUGAACAUAGCCCUGAGGCUGCGCCAGCUGAAUAAUUAUAAUGGUCUUGCAGCUGUUCUUGCAGGAAUCAAUGGAACCGCUAUACAUCGCCUUACUCAGACUCGGAACCUGGUUCCUGCAGAUGUUCAAAAGCGCUUUGCUCGUCUGGUCCUGUUGAUGGGUACACAAAAGAGUCAUUUCGCAUACCGUUUGGCUUGGGAGAACUCUCCACUGCCUCGUAUUCCUUUUAUCCCAUUGACUCGACGUGAUCUUGUCUCGGCUGAGGAAGGAAGUCGAACUUUUGUUGGAGCAAAUGGAGAGAGGAUCAACUGGAAGAAAUUUGAGGUUUUGUCCGAGGUCAUCUUACCCAUUAUGAAGAGUCAAACUGAACCAUAUCCAAAACUUAUCUAUAAUGAUAAGGUGAGGGAACUCAUUCUGGAUUGUCUCAUUCCUACAGAUGAUGAGGAUAUUUACCAACGAAGUCUCCAAGUAGAGUCGGCAUCUGGAGCCGCAGAACCCGUGAAAAAGAAGUUUCCGUGGUUCUCGAAGGAUAAAUAA